AUGUAUGUGAAAUGGUUUGAUACAGUAAUGUUUUACUAUGUUAUUUUAGUGAAUUUAGUGAAUGCUGCAUUUUGCCAUUUUUGAAUUUUCCGCUGCUCCGUCCCCGUACGUCCUGACGUCGCAGGGGACGGAACCCAGCAGAGAGAUGCCGGCAUCUGCCGGAGGACAUUGCCGGCGACACUGCAGGAGGGACACAUCGCGGGAGCGCAGGACAAGGUAAGAGAAGAACAGAUCCUGGAGCAGCGCCGCAUGGUAAGUGUAGCUCGGGGUUACCGCUUGUGCUACACUCGGGAAUACCGCCAGGGAGGUUAAG